ACUGCUCCUGUGGAUGGGAGACAUGCUGUGGCUGGACAAACUGGUGCAGGACUGGUGGUGGGGGUUGCAGCUGCUGAUCUGGGGGCUCCGUGGAGUAACCAGGGUCAUUCUGGCCAACAACCCCCUGAGUGGGCUCUUGAUCCUGGCUGCGCUCCUCUGGGCUUCCCCCUGGCAGGCGCUGCUGGGGAUUGUAGGGGUGCUGUGCUCGACACUCACAGCCAUCAUCACAGGACAGGACAGGUCGGAGGUGUGUGGUGGGCUCCAUGGUUAUAACGGCAUGCUGGUGUCUCUACUCAUGGGGGUCUUCAGCUCCUCGAGGGACUGGUACUGGCCCCUGCUCCUGCCUGUGUGCCUGGGCUCAGUUACGUGUGUGCUCCUGUUCUCCAGCCUCUCCUCGCUCCUGGACCGCUGGGAUCUUCCUGUGGCUGUGUUCCCCUUUAACAUGACCAUCCUCCUGUUCCUCCUCUGCACCGGCCCUCAGCACCCCUACUUCCCCCGGCACUGGAGUGUCCCGCCAGGGGCAAGGGACAUGAAUGCCACACAGCUCAAUGUGUUACAGGUAUUACGGGGCAUUCCUCUAGGUGUGGGGCAGAUCUAUGCCUGCUCUGCCCUGGGCCCCUCCCUCCUCAUCCUUGGAGCCGUGCUACUCUACUCCCCCAUCUUGGCUGUCCAUGCUCUGCUCGGUUCCGCCAUAGGGACACUGGCUGGGCUGUCGAUGGCUGUGUCUCAGUCCUGCCUGUACUCUGGGCUCUCCGGGUUUAAUGGAGCGCUGGGUUGCAUGGCUGUGGGAGGACUCUUUUUCACCUUCAGCUGGAGGACGCACCUGUUUGCCAUUUCCAGUGCUUUCUUCUCAGCAUACAUGGACAUCGCCCUAAGCAACCUCUUGGGAACUGUAGGACUCCCAGCAUGCAGCUGGGCAGCGACUAUAGUGGCUACCCUGAUGAUGCUGAUGACUGGAACAUUAAAAGCUUACCGCAUCCCCAUUGGCCAUGUACAGUCACCUGAGCAGAACCUGCGCUCUUGCAACCAAUGGGAGGCUGGCAGCCCCACAGACAGAGACAGAGAGAGCACUGAUGUCUAG